GCGUCGUUAGGGGGGGUCGCAUUCCCCCGGCAUCUCUCUCUCUCUCUCUCCCCCCUCUCCCCCCCCUCCUCCCCCCCCCCACUCUCCCUCUCUCUCUCCCUCUCAAUCUCUCUCUCUCUCUCUCUCUCUCUCUCUCUCUCUCUCUCUCUCUCUCUCUCUGUGUGGCGUUGUCGCUCUCUCUCAUUGGGCAUGCAACCCACGUGCAAACCAACGCGAGUAAAAGGGGCGACGUAGAGAGAGAGAGAGAGAGAGAGAGAGAGAGAGAGAGAGAGAGAGGGCAUCUGCAUCGUUACAAAAGAGGCCAUGGCUAAUCGAGCGGGGGCAGAAAAUGGGUACAAGGCUCCUCCAUGGAUAUUCACAGGAAGAGCGUUUUAUCAGAUGCAUUUAGUAAAGAGCGACGUCGCAAGAAAAUAUAUCCCUAAGGAACUCAAGCUUGUGGAGGCUUUCGGGAAGCCAAAGGGGUAUGGCGGUGGUUCUUGGGCGGAGGAGGAGGGGCUGUGGGACAAGCCGAGGAUGAGGCUCGUCGUGUUUCCAGGAUUAGUUUGGAAUCCGCCGACAUCUUGCGCGUGGGCAUCACGUGUUCUCGUCACAAGUCAUACUGCUAAGGACCACGGACUAAAGGAGGUCGGGCUUCCCAGCAGGCUAGCAGAGAUUACAAAGAAGUCGAUCUUGCGGAAUGAACCUGUGGAAGAGGGUUUGCGGCCUUGGUGGCGACCAAAGAAAUCGCAGACUCCUGCGAAGCUAAAGAAGAUGCCGGCUGCUGAGGACGGGACUCUUGUCAAUGUAAAUGAGGCUGAGAGUGGCCAGAGAAAACCUUUGCUGCGGUUUCUGCUCCCUCCAAAAUUGUUGAUGCUGUCAGAAAAAGGCGUUAAGGCGAAACGAACAACUCUCUCCCUCCCCAGCUUCAGCGGACGUACAGAAAUGCAGCCGGAUUUGCUCAAGUACUCGUGUAAAAUGGAUUGCAGGCUGAUGUCAAUGUUUCCGUCUCCAGUGAAGCUACUAUCUCAUGCAGCCAACAAAGCGGAUAGAGGCGGCGAGGGGACAUCCAACCAAAUGCCUGAUGACAUGCAGGAUCUCGUGGCCAUUGUUGGAGGCAAGCGACUAUUAUCAAUUUCAUUUCAUGAGAUGACGAUGACGGUGCAGGCCCCAAAACGCGUCACAAAACCUCUGCGGCAAGGGGAGAAGUGGAGAGCUCCCAACUUUGCGUCUGCCAACAAAGCGGAUAGAGGCGGCGAGGGGACAUCCAACCAAAUGCCUGAUGACAUGCAGGAUCUCGUGGCCAUUGUUGGAGGCAAGCGACUAUUAUCAAUUUCAUUUCAUGAGAUGACGAUGACGGUGCAGGCCCCAAAACGCGUCACAAAACCUCUGCGGCAAGGGGAGAAGUGGAGAGCUCCCAACUUUGCGUCUGGUAAAAAGUGGGGUGGGCAGAGCCAAGUGCCUGCUCCUGCUUAGUGAGAUGACAAGCAAAAGGGUCGCGGGUGUAUAUGUCAUAAUGUCAAAGCAGUCGGGAUGCAUUGGCAUUUCAUCUGCGGCGGCUCAGGGCAUACUCGCACUUGGACUUCCCCAGAUGUAUCUGACCAGGACUACGGCUUGCGCAGGAUGUAUCUGACUGCAAUUACGUCCAGAUCUCAGCUGAAAAAGUGCUUGUGCGAAUGUCUGCAUUGUUGCGAUCGGGUUGUUGCGAAAGUUUGUUAGUUGCAACUCGUGAGCAUGUACCAAUCGG